CAGUAUACGACGACGGAAAGAGGCAGUUAGCGACUACAAGCGGGGGUUCAACACACAAAAACUACCCAAGUGUUUGUUCUUUACAUUGAAACACACCCCUUUGCUUUUAUACAGUUGAAAACAAUUAGUAUUAUUAGGUGGCCUUGGCCGUCGGUAUUAUAGGAGAACAGAUAAAAAGCGAGGAUGUUGGUCCCCGCGGGAAGAUAAUGAAGAAGCUGCGCGUGUUGUUGCUGUGCGCCGUUUUAGCUCUCCUGUGCUGGCAAUCUGGUCAUCAUGUAUAUUGUUCAGAAGAGAUCUCUGCUGGCCAAGGACUCCCUGCACAGGAUGACAGCCAUUACGCAACGCAGGAACCAGGAGCAGAUAAAGAGGUUGAAGAGGAAAGUACGACACGUGUACAGGCAUCAUACGAUGUGGGGCUGGCGACGGAGAGGGCCAUUUUAGAGGAGGCCUUAUUACAUUUAAAAGAUGCAACACAUGAAGAACUGCACAAAAAAACUGUGAAUCUAGACGAGGUGGUGGAGGAGGCUCAGAUUCAUCUUAAAUCUGACCUCUCAGAGCAAGGUCAACAACAGCAGCAGCAGGAGGAGGUGGAGGAACAAGAACCCCAAAACGCCCAACAACCAGCUCAACCACCCACUCUCACACAGCCCCAAACAACUCCUCCACCUCAAGCCCAACCAGACCCUGAAACCGCAGAGGCCACAGCCACAGAGGGGAAGUCUGUUUUAACCCCUCCCCAGACGGACCAACAGGUGGAAGACUCCUCCACACCUGCUGCUGAGCUCCAGAGUCCAGAAUCAGCCUUACCUACCUCAGUCACCUACUCUGAGAGCUCCUCCAGUGGACUAGAUGUCCCGCAUGCUGAUGUCCCUGUAGAGAACUCUAGUGCCAGUCAGUGUGAGGUGGGCUCUGUGCCCCCCUUCAGUCAACCCCUUGGCACCAUUCUCAAGAGCAGUGUUGUGGAGGAACAUGCAGAGAAUCAGUCCAGCACAUUGGAACAGGACAUGGAGACCAUUAAAGAUCCAGUUUUAAUCCCAGAUAAAGAUUUUGUGGAGCUGGAGCAGAUAGAAGAAAUCCCAACACCCCCAGAGAACCAGAAGGUGGAACAUGAGGGAGCAACAGACCCUCCCGUACCCGGUAAAGAGGACAUCCCCACCUUUGACGAGUGGAAGAAGAAACAGAUGGAAGUGGAGGAGAAGAAAAGUCAAUUUCUGCACACGUCAUCUAAUGGCAGUCCUCACCCUGUGAAAAAGGUCCAGAAGAAUUUCAAGAAUAACUACGCCUCUGUGGAAUGUGGGGCCAAAAUCCUCUCGGCCAACAAUGAGGCCAAGAGCACAUCCGCCAUCUUAAUGGAAAAUAUGGAUCUGUACAUGCUGAACCCUUGCAGUACUAAAAUCUGGUUUGUGAUUGAGCUCUGUGAGCCAAUCCAGGUGAAGCAGCUGGACAUUGCAAACUUUGAGCUGUUUUCUUCCACUCCAAAAGAUUUCCUGGUGUCCAUCAGUGACAGAUAUCCGACCAAUAAAUGGAUCAAGCUGGGCACGUUUCACGCCCGUGAUGAACGCACAGUACAGAGCUUUCCUUUGGAUGAGCAACUCUAUGCCAAAUAUGUCAAGAUGUUCAUCAAGUAUAUAAAGGUCGAGCUGCUCUCCCAUUUCGGGUCUGAACACUUCUGUCCCCUCAGCCUGAUCAGGGUUUUUGGCACCAGUAUGGUUGAGGAGUAUGAUGAGAUUGCCGACUCUCAGUACACUUCAGAGAGAUCGGAGUAUCUGGAUGAAGAUUAUGAUUAUCCACCCGGCUACCUGCCAUCAGAGGACAAGACAUCUAAAAAUCUGCUGGGCUCUGCUACAAAUGCCAUCAUGAACAUGGUGAAUAACAUCGCAGCAAAUGUGCUGGGAGGGAAACCAGAGCUGGAGGAUGGAGUUGAAAUUGAAGCAGGAAACGCCUCCUCUGGGACAGAAAACCUUACAGAGACGUCAACAGAAACCCUUACAGAGACGUCAACAGAAACCACACUCAUGCCAGAGCCCACUCCCACUGAACAUCCUGCUGUACUGGACACUCUUGAGUUGGCUCCCACUCACGUAAAAGAGGACGAAGUAGAUGUUUCCGAUCCUGAACCUGAUUCUGUUCCUCCACCUGAGGAGAGCCGCAUCGUCAUCCUCAUCAAAGGAGAGGAAGAUGAGGAGGCCACCCAGCAAACCGUGACCCUGCUGGAGAAGGAGGAGGAGGAGGAUAGAGAGGAGGAGAAAAGGCGAGCUGAAGUGUGGGAGAGAGAGAACACCUUUUACUGCGGUCACCUCUCAACUUUGUCUUGCUUGGCAUCUUUACACGAAUACUUUUAUUGUUACUGUUCGGCUGCAUUAGCACUAGACCGUCAGCUCCGAGAUAGGCGACACAAAGCACAGCACACACAUCCUGACACGGACACUCAGAGUUCCCCUCAGCAUUCUCUCACUACCACCACCCCCACUCAAGAGCCUCCUGUACUCUCUGAGAAACCUGCAGAAGGAGAGCAUACCUCUCGGGUGCAAAGCGAAGUCAUCUCCCCAACUGAAACGGUGUCCAUUCUGACUCCGCCUUCUAGCGAAGGUGUGGCGAUCGACCAGGAGCUCCAACGUGAGACCGUUGUCUUGGAACCCAGCCGUACCUCCACCUUUACUGCACAUAGCUUGUCUGACACCCCCACCCAAAACAUCCCUGAACCCCUGCCCACGGAGGAGCUUGUAGACCAGCAUCCGCAGUACCUGGAAAACACCCCAGAGACCCUUGUCAGUGUCUCCAGCGGCAUCCCAACUCAAAAUGCCGCUUCCUCCAUCCUCACGUCCACCACCUCUGAACCUCACAUCCCGGAGACAGACCCACCCAAGCAUGAGCUCCCCACCCCUACCAAUGAACUGCCAGUACAGCCACUGCCAACCCACACUCGCCCUGCUGACAUCCCUCCUCCUACCGAACUUCCAUUCCAACCUCCAGACAUCUCAGACAACGGUAAGGCCGCAGGGGUGGAUGACGCCCACCAGGUUUCAGAGGUUUCCGAAACCCCUUCCUCUCAACAGGAGGAGACCGUAGACGACAUUCUGCUCGGCCAGACUGGCCCACACCGCACCGUCGGAGAGUUUUAUGCGGAACAGCAGCAUUCUUCGGAAAACGGAUACGUAAACGGCAAUGGGAAUCAGGUGCAUGGGUCCAAUCAGAAAGAAUCCGUGUUCAUGAGAUUGAAUAAUAGAAUCAAAGCGCUGGAGAUGAACAUGUCUCUCAGCAGCAGAUAUCUGGAGGAGCUCAGUCAGAGGUAUCGUAAACAGAUGGAGGAGAUGCAGCGGGCUUUCAACAAGACCAUCAUCAAACUGCAGAACACCUCAAGAAUCGCAGAGGAGCAGGACCAGAAACAGACAGAGUCUAUACAGUUUUUACAAAGUCAAUUGGAAAAUGCCACCAACAUCAUGCUGAACCUGUCUGCAACUGUUGCUGAGCUACAGAGAGAGGUGUCAGAUAGGCAGAGUUAUCUGGUGUUGUCUCUGGUUCUGUGUAUGACGUUGGGUUUACUGCUCUGUAUGCAGUGCUGUAAAAGCUCUCCCAAUCACAACACAAGCCCAACCAUUCCCAUGAGCAACCACUACCCCAGCCCUAAGAGGUGCUUUUCCUCUUACGAUGACAUGAGUCUGAAACGACGGGUGUCUUACCCUCUUGUUCGUUCCAAAUCAUUUCAGUUACCUACAUCAGAAGUAGGUCCUGAUGACUUGUACAUUGUAGAACCGCUAAGCUUUUCUCCAGAGAAAAAGAAGAAACGUUGCAAGACAAAAGGAGUGGACAAAGUGGAGACGCUCCAGGCUUCCGUCCCCUCGGUGACGGUCGUUAACGGCAAACCCAAAUGCAACGACGAAUCUUCUUUUCAGUUCCUGCCCUCCGUAUGCGACAGCUACGUGUCAACCUCCUCAUCCAGGGACGCUGUGUCAGAGGGCAGCUCGGAGAGUUCAGUCUCCACUCUGUCUGAGGAAUCUUACAGCAGCGGCCCCUCAUUGAACGGACACGGCCCCUCAUUGAACGGACACGACCCCUCUCGCUGUAACAGAGAGCAUCUGCCUACCUUUUCUCCGGUCAAGAGCAAGAUUGAGAAGAGAUCUCUGAAACGGCGGCGGUCUAAGAAUGCUGAGCAGCAGCAGGAGGAACGGUGCAGGGGAGUGAUACUACACGCACCGCUUCCUGUGUCGGCUGGCGUCAUGCCGACUCUGGAGGAACUCAUGAAGGGAAAGGGGGAACUGGGCGUGGCUGCGUUUGGAAGGACAGCUGUAACGGGACGAGUUUGAGGUUUUGUUGCUUGGUUUGAAAGUCUGACAAUAAGAGAAGUCGCUGCGUCUAAAGAGCGGAAAGGACUGACCUUUGCACGCUUUCAUGCUGCUUAUUUGUUUCACUUUUAUUUUAACGUCGUACCGUCUUCUUUAUCUUUCCAUCUUUUCUCACGUCACCGCAUCCUGGUUCUGAGAUCUCUUGUUUAUGUGCCUUUAUAGCCAUUUGAAAAUCUUCACAACAAACGACCACCCGAAGGAUCCUUUCAUUAUUCCCUUUAAGAUUUUUUUAUUUUCAUUCUGGGGACUGAUGAACAUGGAAAAAAUAAGACUUGAGGUUUGUUGUUAUAAAAAAAUGUGGCCAACCGGUGGUGCAAUAUCACUAUGGCCAGAAUGUGUUGUGAACUGUCCGCGAUACAGGCAGCCCCUCCUCCAAAAACCAACACGUUGCUCCUAUAGUCUGCCAUGAUGACCAUUAUGUCUCCAACCCUUCGUACCUUCUUUGAUAACAUGACCCCCAAGUCUUCAUUUCCCUUCAUCUUGUACUCUUUAAUUAGUGUUUGUCUUGUACAUGUGAAUGUGUAACACUACAGUCAUUUACCGUGAUUGGUUUGUGGGACCAGUGAUGUCACAAAGCACAUGGAUUCAUUCCAGCGAACAGAGCAGAAUGAAGAACAGAUCCAGUCUUGUGUUUUUAAUACAGUCUUUAUUUUCUCUUUCUUACUUGAGUCUUUUAAAGCCUGAUUAUGGUCGGGAACAUCUGUUUUCUUUUCUGAAGUUCACUGCGGUUUGACCAACAAGUCCAGGCUGGGCCUGAACACACAUGCAUAUACAUACAAGCACACGUUGCUAUUUACACAUGUUGAGUUUUCAAGUAUGGUGACGUUGUGUGUUAAGCACAGGCAACAUUGAGCAAGGCCAGUUUGUCAUUCCAAAACACAUACACACUUUAUGUACACGGGAGUUUGUGCUUAUAUUUUAGCGGCCAUUAUUUAUGUAUUUAUUUAUUUAAAUGUGACCUGGGCUCUAUGAGCUCACGGUCAUGUCACAAACAAGCUGCAUUGGCCUUCCAACCAUAUGUAGAUCCCUCAAGAUUCAUCCUAUGUGUGAUACAGACACGUGGUACUGUUACACAAACUCAUCUUUCUGUUCUUUAUCGUUUGCUCAGUUUUCCGUUUAGUUUUUGUGGAGUUUCUGAGUCACUUUAUUAUUUAAGAUGUCCACUUCUGUUCAGAAAAGAAUAAAUACCAAAUAAAUACUACUGCUUUUAAUGUGAUGUCCUUCCAAAUUUUAAAAGGACCUCUGUGAUUCGGAAGCUGGAUGUGAUUUGUUAUUCCUCACUGGAUCUGUUCUGAUGAGCUUUGUGUUUUACUGGAUUGGGGUGAAUUUAAAGAAUGCCUAAACGUAUCGUUGUGCGAACAUUGUACAUGCAUACAAUCAUGUAUGUGGGCGGCUUAUUUCUUUGCCGCCCACAUACAUGAUUGUAUGCAUGUACAAUGUACAAUGUACUUAUUUCUUAUUUAACUUUUCACACUCCACGUCCCUCUUAACACACGCUUUAUAAAUUUUGAUGUUUGUGUUUAUGUUGGCCAUUUAGUUUUAAGAUGUUUUUAAUGCACCUGUACCAUUUGAAACCCCCAGUGCAGUUUUUCCACAGAUGGUCUGUGUACUUUGUGUCAUCUAUGGCUGUCAUUUUUCAUUUACAUGAUCCCGUCAUUGACCUUUUAUCUGACUGUGGGCUGUAGGUGAAUAAAGCAUGUGUAUUGACAUUGUGAUUUAAAUAAAAGGGAAAUAUUGGGGUGGUGCAGUGGACCAUCUCUGUGAUAUCCAUGAGACAUGUUCUACAUUCAGGGGCGACGGCCUCUUUCAUCAUUCAUUUUACUACCUUCAUAUUUUUGAAUGUUAAUUGAUUAUUUGUGGAACUUGUGUAUAUGUAUGGAUGUAUUCUCAAGUUGGUGUGUUUGAGUAAUAUUUGGAGAUGAAUUGCCCCAGUGAAUAGAGACCUCUGCGCAGGCUCUCCCUUGCACUUUGGAGAACUACACAUGCCUUUUGUUUUUUACACCACGCUUGGCAUAAGUGCUUUUGUCCCCAAGCUUUUCUUAGUAUGGCGUCCACUAGUGGUCAACACGUGAUUUAUUAAACUUCUAGGUGGCGCCCAAAUGAAAUCUGAUCAUCUUAGGAUGAGCUGCACAGUAUUUUCUUUUCUUUUUCCAGGAACAACUGUACCUACAGCAGUGUAGUGCCAUUAGAAACUGUGAAUUUAUAAAUAAACACUUUGUUGUCCUUA